AUGUUCUCGAAGAAGUCGAUCAUCGUCUGCGUCUGCGCCGUCAUCCUCGCCCUCCACGCCGACGCGGCGCCCGUCGGCGCCCACGCCCUGCGCCACAACCGCGCGGCCCAUGCGCAGCCCAAGCACGCCAUGCACGCCAACGUCCAGAAGGCUGCCAAGGUCGCUAAGGCCGCCAAGAAGCUUACGAAGAGCGCCAAGCAGGCGGCGGAGUGCGACGGUACACAAGUCAGUGUCCUCGGCGACGCCACGUACUGCAUCCAAGGCGACGUGUGCUCGGGCUCGUCAAAGGCAGGUGUGUGCCCCUCGGUGAGCUCUGCGCCCUUUGCCGACUGUGUGCCGGGCAUCCCGUCGUUUGACCCGUUGACGCUGUCGUGCUCGCUGCCGGCCGACGCGACGUGCACGGACCUUGGCAACGGCGCCUUCGGCUGCGUGUUGGAGACGCCCACCCCGACGACCCCGACGACCCCAACUGAUGAGUCGGGCUCUCUCCCGACAGCUGGGUGCACGGAUACGGAGGUUAGCGUCCUCGGCGACGCCACGUACUGCAUCAAGGGCAACGGGUGCUCGGGCUCAUCGAAGGCUGGUGUCUGCCCCUUGGCGUAUGCGACAGCCACCGCCGACUGCGUGCCAGGCAUCCCGUCCUACGACCCGAUCACAAAGACGUGCUCGCUGCCGGUUGACACGGAAUGCUCGGAUCUUGGCAAUGGAGCAUUUGGGUGCGUUCCGAUUGCUUCGCAGACGCUUGCUAGCGGCAACGAAGCUGCGCCGACGUCCGAGACUCGCACGGAGGAGCCGACUGAAGCCCUCACCGAUACUCCCACCGAUGCGCCGACGACAGCUUCGACCGAGUCGGACGAGGUCACUGAUGCUCCCACGGAUGCUCCCACGGACGCUCCCACGGAGGCUGCUACGGAUGCGCCAACGACGGCUUCGACUGAGUCGGACGAGGUCACUGAUGCUCCUACCGACGCUCCCACCGACGCCGAAACCGAUGCUCCCACGGAUGCCCCGACUGACGCCCCCACUGAGGUGACGGCCAGCGCCAACGAAGACGCGGCAACGUCUGAGACUCGCACGGAGGAGCCGACUGAUGCUCCCACUGAUGCUCCCGCCGAAGCUACAGACGGCCCGACCACUGCCACGACCGAGUCGGAUGAGGUCACGGAUGAGCCGACAGACGAUUCGAACGACGAUGAAGAUUCCAGUGAUGACCCGACCACUGCCACGGCCGAAUCGGAUGAAGUCACGGACGCUCCCACGGACGCUUCCACGGACGCUGCCACGGACGCUCUCACGGAUGCCCCGACGACCGCCGCGACCGAGUCGGACGAAGUCACCGCCGCUCCCACGGACGCUGUCGCCGAUGCCACCACGGAUGCCCCGACGACCGACGCCCCCACGGAUGCCCCGGCGGCUGUGUCGAACUUUGCUUCGGUCCAAAGCGCCGGCGCUGCGUCCGCCAGCGUCGGUGUCGCGAACAUUGCUGCUGCUGCCGUCGCCUGUGCGGCGCUUGUCGUGGCGAUCGCGGCGGCGGUGCUUGCGACCAAGAAGAGCCGCACGCCGGUGGUGGCCUCGGUCUUGCAGGACGAGGCUGUCGACGAGGUCACGGCUGUCAAGGUGCAGGACGAAGACGCGGACGCCGAAGUGUUGGUCUAAGAAGCUGCGCCUCGUGCCUCUCCAGACCCUUGUCCACUUGUAUAUGCUUGCAUCGUGCGUAACGUGAUAAUCCAAUGCGAUUGCCUCUCGA